AUGGUUAAUGUUGUUUUAGGUUCCCAAUGGGGUGAUGAAGGUAAAGGUAAAUUAGUUGAUUUAUUAGUCCAUGACUACGAUAUUGUUGCUAGAUGUGCUGGUGGUAAUAAUGCAGGACAUACAAUUGUUGUUAAUGGUGUAAAGUAUGAUUUCCAUAUGUUACCAUCUGGUUUAGUUAAUCCAAAUUGUCAGAAUGUUCUAGGUAAUGGUGUUGUCUUGCAUAUCCCUUCUUUUUUCAAAGAAUUGGAGACAAUUGAAUCCAAGGGUUUAACUGACGCCUCGAAGAGACUAUUUAUCUCUUCAAGAGCUCAUUUGGUCUUCGAUUUCCAUCAAAGAGUCGAUAAGUUGAGGGAAUUAGAGUUGUCUGGUGCCUCGAAGGAUGGUAAGAAUAUUGGUACCACCGGUAAAGGUAUUGGUCCUACUUAUUCCACUAAAGCAUCAAGAUCGGGUAUUAGAGUCCAUCAUUUGAUAAACGAUCAACCGGGUGCUUGGGAAGAGUUUGUGACUAGAUACAUGAGAUUACUAAAAACAAGAAAGGAGCGUUAUGGUAAUUUUGACUACGAUUACGAAGAAGAAUUAAACCGCUACAAAAAUAUUUACAGACAAAAGUUGAGACCUUUCGUCACAGACACUGUCCAUUUCAUUUAUGACGCUCUGAAAAGCAAUAAGAAGAUAUUAGUUGAAGGUGCUAACGCCUUAAUGCUAGAUAUUGAUUUUGGUACUUAUCCAUAUGUCACGUCCUCCAGUACAGGUAUCGGUGGUGUUAUCACGGGUCUAGGUAUUCCACCAAGAUACAUCGAAACAACGUAUGGUGUCGUGAAAGCUUAUACCACAAGAGUUGGUGAAGGUCCUUUCCCAACUGAACAAUUGAAUGAGGAAGGUGAGAAAUUACAAUCUAUUGGUGUUGAAGUCGGUGUCACUACAGGUCGUAAGAGACGUUGUGGUUGGUUGGAUUUAGUUCUUCUAAAAUACUCCACCAUCAUCAACGGUUACACCAGUUUGAACAUCACAAAGCUGGACGUCCUUGAUACUUUCAAGGAAAUCCCAGUCGGUAUCUCUUAUUCCAUCAACGGCAAGAAGCUGGAUUCUUUCCCAGAAGAUCUGUUAGUAUUAGGUAAUGUUGAAGUCGAGUAUGAAACCUUACCUGGUUGGAAUGAAGAUAUCACAAAGAUUAGCAAGUACGAGGAUCUUCCAGAAAACGCAAAGAAGUACUUAAAGUACAUCGAAGAUUUUGUCAACGUUCCUGUCGAAUGGAUCGGUACCGGUCCAGGUAGAGAAAGUAUGAUACAUAGGGACAUCUAA